UCGACAAGCCAUCGAGACAUGGAGAGCCGCUUGAUCCGCGAUGGAAGGUUCUCGUCAAUUCCCCCCUCCUCCCCUCCGUCGGACUCCAAUAAUUCCAGACGACGAGGCUCUCCCUUCCCUUCCCCCUCAAAACAAAUUUGCCCAACCACCACGGCACCACUGAGAAUCUCCGCCGCUGCGAAUUCCUCCUCCUCCCAUUCGCGAGCUUGAGAGACAGGACGGCAGAUUGAGCCCUCCUCGCAAUCACCGCCUCCGGAAAUCAAAGAAGGUCGCAUGGCGCGGUUUGCCCUGCGGCGGCGGCUGCUGCCGCUGCCGCUGCUGGUGGUGGUGGUCGCGGCGGUGGCGGCGCCGGUGCUUGCGGAGCGCGUGAACAGGUCGGCCUCCGCGGGGCUGUUCUGGUCCACCGCGAAGGAGGAGGCCGAUCUGGUCAGGAUGGCCGAUCCUCAAGAGGACCCGACGGCUCAGGCUGUUAAUGAGCAGGACGGCCUCGACGGAGGGUUUUCUUCCCUCGAUGGAAUGUUACAGUGGGCGAUAGGUCACUCCGAUCCUGAAAAAUUGAAGGAAAGAGCGCAAGACGUUCAGCGUAUGUCCGCCAGCGACCUCAAGAAGCGUCAGAUGGAACUGAAGGAACUCAUGGAGAAACUAAAAAUGCCAUCAGACGCUCAAUUGAUGCAAAUUGCUAUAGACGAUUUGAAGAAUUCCUCCUUAUCUUUGGAAGACCGCCAUCGUGCUUUGCAUGAGCUCUUGAUACUUGUUGAGCCAAUUGAUAAUGCAAAUGAUUUGCCUAAAAUUGGGGGGCUUGCUGUGGUUAUAAGAGAGCUUGACCAUCCUGAUCCAGACGUAAGGAAACUUUCUGCAUGGGUUCUAGGGAAAGCCAGUCAGAAUAAUCCGCUCAUCCAAAGGCAGGUCUUGGAAUUGGGGGCACUAGCGAAGCUGAUGAUGAUGGUAAAAUCUGAGUUUGUGGAAGAAGCCAUUAAAGCAUUUUAUGCUGUUUCUGCUUUGAUUCGAAAUAAUUUAGCUGGUCAGCAGUUAUUUUAUGCACAAGCAGGCGAUUUAAUGCUGCAGGACAUUUUGAGCAACUCAAGCAUUGAUAUUAGACUGCGGAGAAAGGCUGUGUUUCUUGUCGGUGACCUGGCAGAGCGCCAAUUAGAAGCUUUGAAUGAAGAUGAGCUACCUUUCUUCAGGAACGAAAUAUUCUUGAAGGCCGUGGUUGAUCUGUUGGCAUCGACUGACCUUGAUCUCCAGGAAAAGGCACUUACUGCAGUCAAGAAUCUGCUACAUCUAAGAUCUACCCAAGCUCUAAUUUUCAAGGAGUUCUGUGGUCUGGACGCGGCAUUGGAGCGGAUGCGGCAGCAACUACAGGAUUUGAUGGCUGAAGAAUUUCAGAGAGAUUAUGCGACGGAUGUAGAAAGUCUUCGCAGAGAAGUGGAGUUAAUUUAUCAGUGGAAGCUGGGAAAGGUGAUGCAGGUUCCGACUUGAUACCACUAAGUCGCCAGCAUGCAAUGGUCAAGUUGUCAAGAUGUAUCACAAGUCACUGUCGACCAAGAGGAGGAAGUCUGUGGAUCAGCUGAUAUUGAGAGAAAGGAUUCCUUUCUCCUUGAAAAUUCUUUUAAAAAAUUUAUCUAUCUGAUUGAUGAUUCACAGUGAUGAUUUGUUGGGUAAUUAGGACGUCGGUUCGAUUUCCUCGGUCCAAAUAGCUGCUUCUGCUCGCAUCCCUAUAGGCUUAUACUUGGUAACAAUUGGCGCGAUAAAGAUUGGCAGAGUCAUUGUUUCUGUUUUUCAUCACGUAGGUAGGAAGGAAAUGCAAGCUUAAAGCUAAUAUGGCGUGCUUGCAGAAUCUUUUUGCGAUUUUAAGCACGAACCUGUGAGAUUGUCCUCGUAUAAAUCUUAAUUUCGCUCUCUUGUA